AUGCCAAUCUCUAGGCAGGGCUCCCAACAUGACUUCACCCAGGAUGCUGAGCAUACCCAACCAAACAAGCCGGAGCACUCCCACCAUAGUGCCCUAGUCAACUCUAGGCUAAAUAAGGAUAAAGGCCCUCUCCAUCCAGAGACGACCAAGUCGCGGCUCAUUCACAUCUCCUCGCCAAAAGACUGGCCCUAUGAACCGAUGAAGGUCUACAGAGAUUGCCGAGACCGUCUCUUGGACUGUCAGCGAGACCCUAUUAAUAUCCUCGUUAAUCUCCAAGACUCAAGGGUGACUCACCCAGGCCCCCCACUGACGCCUACCCACCUACCCGUUAGAGAAGGUGCAGGGGACUCGAACGACUGA